AUAUACUCAUAUCAUAUGCAAUUUCAAGUUAAAAAUCAAGCUAUUAACGAUCACCUUUCACAACCAUUUUUUAUGAGCGGACAGUUAUACCCUUUCUUUUAUUUACACUUUACCCCCUCUACACUAAAAGGCGUAUCAGAUUAUCAGCCGUUCCCAAUUUCCUACUUUCAGCCGUCCCCAUCGCAUCUCCGGCUUGUUAUACCCCGUCGCCGCCUCCGACUUGCUCCGCCACCGUCGCGGCCUGUGGCUUGCUCCACCGCCGUCGUCCACCAUCUGCCUCCGGUUUGCUUCACAGGGACUAUAAACAGCCCCAACCCCAGAUAUGCGAUUUUCAGUCUUUCUUGCGUCGAUAUUUCGCCGACUCUCUUUCUCUCGUUAGCUCUAUUGGAUCUCUUCGUAUUUGUCAGGGACAUGGAUAGCAAGGAGCAAAGUGAGAAAUUGAAGAACUAUGAAGCUCAAUACGCCAAUUACUUGAAAGCAAAGUACUUCUCGGAUAAAGAUAUCUAUGGAGGUAAUAUUUUUGAAGAGAAGACAACGAUAGGCGGAAUGACUAUUAGGGCAAGCAGUGAGCCUGGGACUAGAUCUUAUGCGGAUCCUGUUGGAUAUUGGAAUGAGAAGUACGUGCUUCGUGUAGAGCCUUCAACAGAGACAACAACAACAACCAACAUUUCAAAUGGAAAUCACUCCUCUAAAAAUAGUGCUUAAUCUCGAUCUGUGUGUAAAUCAUAUGCAUAUUUAGGCAGUUUUUAAUGAUGCACAAUGGAUUUGUGGGAUAAAAGUAAAAGUUGUUAAUUGGUGGUAUUUAAACAUGUUCUAACUCACUAAA